GCGAGGCAGCGGAAGUGAAAGCAGCGACUGUGCUGAGUCACCAGAGACCGGAUCUGCUGACCCCCGCACUCUCACGGUCAUGUGGCUGCAGAACCUGGGCGAGUUUCGGCAAAGCAGGGCGCUGACCCGCUGACGUGUCAAGCCCUGGUGGCGCCAUGACCACGCUUGCUCUCAGUCCUGCUUCCAGGCCUCGUCAGGCAGCCGAGUUCCCCCACACUCAUCCAAGGUCAGGGGUCGUCAGCACAAACCCUGGGGGUCAAUCAUGGACACCUGUCAGAGGACGCCGUCUGAGGGCGCGGGGAAGAGCGCUGCACCAGGAAGUGCAGGACGACACCAUGGCGAGCAUCCAGGACCAGGACCAGGACCGCGUCACCUCCACACACACCAACCCGCUGUUCGACAUCUCCAUGGGCCACGCGGACAUCUACAGCUUCCAGGCUGAAGAUUUGAAGCGGGUCAGAACAAGACGUCCCUGGCUUCUCCGCCUGGUUGUCUUCUAUCUGCUGCUGCAGACUGGGCUCAACGCCUUCCUGCUCUACAAAGUCUUCACGUUGGAGUCUUCAGUGCAUGAACCCAAGAUUGGUAGACUGACAUCGUCCAAUGAGAAUCCUCCACCAGACGACGGCAGUGGAGGCCUUCAAGUUCUGGUCCGCAACAACACAGAGGCGACCAGGUCCUUGAGGAGCCGUCUGUGGACCCUCCAGAACCAGGUCGACAGUGUGUGUGGAGCAGGUGGUCAGCUGACCCGUCUCAGGGACCACAUCAAUCUGCUCAACAGCACCACCAACAGUCUGGAGGCCAAAGUCACAUCCAUCGGUCAAAGACCAGGACCCCCUGGGCCAGCCGGCAGCACGGGCCUUCCCGGAGAGCCGGGACUGAAAGGCGACCCUGGAGCGGCCGGAGCCCCGGGGCUGAAGGGAGACUCAGGCCUCAAGGGAGAAGCAGGAGAGCCAGGUCCUGGCGGCCCCCAGGGACCCAGCGGAGCUCAGGGCUCCAAGGGGGAGCGUGGAGCGCCUGGGCAGCAGGGCGUGGCCAUGAAAGGAGAGACGGGAGCGCCUGGAGCUGCAGGCUCUGUUGGGUCCAAGGGCGAUGCCGGUGCCCCAGGUCCUGCAGGACCACCAGGACUGAGUGGAGAGAAAGGUGACAGCGGAAGCGAGGGGCCAGCCGGUCCACCGGGACCGCCUGGACCAGCUGGGGAACCGGGAGCGCCCGGGACCAAAGGGGACCCCGGGAGCGACAUGCUGGUGCGCCUGGUCCCGGGGAAGAGCCGAGGUCGGGUGGAGGUGCUCCACAACCGCGUGUGGGGAACCGUGUGCGAUGACAACUUUGACACUCUGGACGGCAGAGUCGUCUGCAAGAUGUUGGGCUUCACCACUGCCACCGAGGUCUUCACGGCUCCAGCAGGUUCUGGUCAGAUCUGGUUGGACGACCUCCGAUGUUCGGGAACUGAAGCCGACAUCUUCUCCUGUCCACACAACGGCAUUGGAGUCAACAACUGCAAACACAACGAAGACGUGGGAGUUCAGUGUGCGUGAACCUCCAGUGGUGAGGAAGCCAUCGUCGUCGUCACCACCACACGCUUGCUGAUGAUGGACUGUGAUGAUGACGAUGAAGGAAAUCACGAUCAGCUGUUGGUUGAACCGAA